AUGAGAAGAGUCUACCUUGUGUUCAGUCUUCUUGCAGUCGUUGCAGCUGUCCAGUUACCUCCAUUCAUGGAUAACGCAUCAAUUAAAGCUCGUCAGCAAUACACAGCCAUUGGUACAAACGAGAAUUUGAAUAAAUCUGAGAAAGAUGCGUUAGUAGAAGAACUUAUGGCUGGAGAAUCGUCUGAAGUUCAAAAGGCUUUCGGUCAAUUUCGUGAGAAAGUAAAUGAACAUUAUGGAAAAGCUCAAAAAUACAUUGAAGAACAGCUGGCCAAAAUGAGAGGAACAACUCGUGAAGCACUUAACAAUCUUCAUAAAUUGCAUAUAGAAGAUUUGAAGGAUAAUGGUAAUCGAGCAAAAGAAUACUUUGAAGGAUUAGAUGGAAAUAUAAAAAAAGAAAUCGGAUUAUUCAAUAUCGCAAUGGAAGAAAUGAUAGCAUUCGUUUUCCUCUUCCUAUUCAAGACUUCUGAAGGAGCAACAUUGAAAGAAUAUGAUUUGACAGAAGUAUCUAUUGAUCCACCGCCUAAACCGUGCUUUCUCAUCAAUGCAACUCAUGAUGUGAUUGAGCAGUUCAUGGCCAUCUAUAGAACACCUGCAAUAGGACAACUGCGUAAAGUGUCGGAAUUGGAUGUGCUUGUAGGAACAUUACGACCUGUAGUUCAACAGUCUUAUCAGAAUUAUAAAGCUGAAGCGAUUCUGUUGAAGUUAUCGCAAGAUGAGCGCUUACAGGAAAUAACUGAGAAGGCUCACUACACAAUGGCUCAUCUGAGUGCCAUGAGCUUGAGUAACAUCGGCAGAAAUGAAAAGAAGAAACGAACGGAGUUAAUGUUUGAAGAGUUUUCAACCUUUCUCGUAGAAGCAGUCACAGAUGAAGUGGGCAACUCCGUGAAUCUCAUAAUGAAGCAGAUGCUGCGAGCUCUAUUGUUCACGGAGAAAAUGAUUCAAAAAUGA